GGGUACCUGCGCCCAUCAUGAUCCCUCCCGACUCCGACGAAUCCCCCUUGCCGAGCUCCUCAGUGCCGUUGAACCCCAGCAGCCAUGACGACCCCAAUAUCCCCGAUGAUCUCGACUCCCACAGUCCCACUAGCUCACGCGAGCCCGGCAGCGCACGACCAGGCGGCGAUUUGGCGGGGGUCCACGAUGGCCUGCUCGACCAGCCGCACGACGAGGCCAGAGACGACCCCUCCGCACAGAUCCCGGACCAGAAGGACAACAAACCGGCGUGGAGCGAGAUGAAGACCAAGGCGGGGAAGGAGCGAAAACGUCUCCCGCUGGCCUGUAUCGCCUGUCGACGGAAGAAGAUUCGAUGCUCGGGCGAGAAGCCCGCCUGCAAGCACUGCUCCCGCUCCCGAAUUCCGUGUGUAUACAAGGUCACCACCCGCAAGGCUGCCCCCCGAACGGACUACAUGGCCAUGCUGGAUAAGCGAUUGAAGCGCAUGGAGGACCGCGUGAUCAAAACUAUCCCCAAGGAUGAAGUUCGGGAUAUGGCCGCGAUCGGUCGGUCAAUGGUGCGGCCCUCACAGCCGGGACAGGGCACCAAGACUCAGAAGAAGCGGUCGGCCGAUGAAGCGUUUGCGGCCGACAUGGACGACUGGACGCGGGGGAGCCGGAAUGGACCGCAGGAUACCUUUCCCAUGCGCCGCGAAAGCAAACCAGGCGACAGCUCGAGUCUGAUGACGGAGGGUGCCGAGUUCCUCCCGUCGCUCGAGAUCCAGGAACACCUUGCGGAGGUGUUUUUCGAUUGCGUCUAUGGCCAGUCGUACCCUCUCCUUCACAAACCGAGUUUCAUGCGCCGCCUCAAGGCUCGCACCGUGCCUCCCGUGCUCAUUCUCGCGGUGUGCGCCGUCUCCGCGCGGUUUUCAACCCACCCGCAAAUGAAUUCCGACCCCCCGUUCCUCCGCGGCGAAAACUGGGCGAACCCGGCGGCCGCCAUCGCCUUGAGUCGCCAUGAUGAACCGAACAUUACCAUCUUGACCGUAUUCUUGCUGCUGGGCCUGCACGAGUUUGGCACCUGCCAUGGCGGACGGAGUUGGUCCUUUGGCGGGCAGGCCAUGCGCAUGGCGUACGCCCUGCAGCUCCACCGGGAACUCGACUACGAUCCGCUCCUGAGCUCAAGCAAGGGCGGUGCUACGCUGCUCGGCUUUACUGAUCGAGAAAUCCGGAGACGCACUAUGUGGGCCUGUUUUCUCAUGGAUCGGUACAACUCGUCCGGCAGCCAACGUCCCCCGAUCGGGAACGAGAAAUUUUUGCACAUCCAGCUUCCCAUCAAGGAGUCCCAUUUCCAGAUGGAAAUCCCGGGGCCUACAGAGGACUUGGAGGGGAAUGUGCUCAAUCCCGUUCCCGAUAAUGUCGGUCAGCUGUCCAAUGCCAAGGCGAAUAUGGGCGUGUUGGCCUACAUCAUCCGCGCCAUCGUGAUCUGGGGUCGCAUCGUCGACUAUCUCAAUCUCGGAGGCAAGCGGCGUGACGGCCAUCCCCUGUGGUCCCCUGAGUCCGGGUAUUCCACCCUCAAGAAGCAGAUCGACGACUUUGCCGUGGCGCUUCCCAGUCAUUUAGCCUUCACAUAUGAAAACCUGCAGGUCCACGCGGCGGAUCGAGUGGCCAACCAGUUCCUCUUUCUUCAUAUCAUCAUACACCAAAAUACCCUCUUUCUCAACCAAUUCGCCAUCCCACUCUCCCCAGGGGGGCGGCCUCCCCGCGAUAUGCCCCGCACGUUCCUCAGCAACGCCGGACGCGCCGCAGUCGAGGCCGCCCAUCAUAUCUCCCUGCUCAUCGACCACGCAGCCCCAUAUCCGCUCACCGUUCCGUUCGCGGGAUACUGCGCCUAUUCCGCCAGCACAGUCCACAUUUGGGGGAUUUUCUCCAAGAACGCCCAGCUCGAGGCUCGAUCCAAGGAGAACCUCCGACAUACUUAUCGAUAUCUCAACAAGAUGAAGAAAUAUUGGGGCAUGUUCCAUUACAUGGUAGAAAGUACCAAAGACCGCUACCGCCAAUUUGCGGACGCUGCCAUCAAGGGUUCGAUGGCGACCCAGAACGGCCAUGUUGCCCCCAUGUUCCAGUACGGUGACUGGUUCGACAAAUACCCCCACGGUGUAUCAAGACUGCACUGGGAAGAUCCCGACCCGCAUCCCAAGAAGACGAGCAAUGAUGACGCAGUCAUGAGCCAGAAACCCGACCUCCAAAGUGUGGAGGAUUUCUUUGCUGGUCUUUCCCCGACCCCCCAGUCGAGCAUCACCCCCCGCCAAUGGCAUUCAAGGGCCGGCAGCAAGAUCGAGAGCACACCUGGGAUGGAGCAAACAACCCCCACGCCCACCUCGCAACCGAUCGUCGAUGUCAAUAUCGAGACUACCCACGGCAUGCUAGGGACAUCCGGGACAGGAUUCCCCCAGUCAGGUCUCUUCAUGCAAAACCGCGGGCAGCCAACAUUCGGACACGCGCCGUUCGAUUUCGCCGUCCCGGCAACAGACCAACUUCCCCAACUGGACCGCCAAUUCGUCUACGACUCCUUUGCCGGCUUCCACCCGCCUCCUGCCGCCUAUGGUAAUCCCGAUGGCCCUCCUGCUCUUCCAACCAUGGACCGCGCAGAGAUCGUGCCCCUUCCAGACGGCUCCAUCUUCACCGGGCAACUGGACCCCAACGCCCCGUCCGGCGCAGGCGAGUACUACCAACCCAGCGCGUGGUUCCUCCCGUUCAACCUCGACCCGAUCGGCGCCGGCGCCAGUCUCGACCCUACCUCCCAACCCGAUGCAGGCGCCGACCUGUCCGCUUUUAGCAACCCCGGGAAUUUGGUCAUGGGCGCCUACGAUCUCGGGAUAGCAGGAGUCAACCGCGGACCUCAUCUGAGCCAGUAACCUUGCCGUACAUACCUCUUGCCAGAUUUUUUUUUUGUGACCAAUUUUGAUUUCAUUCAGCGAUCGAUAGCUACGAUUGGCUGAUUGGGUAGACGGACGGACGGAUGGAUGGUGUGGCUUUUUAUUACUUGAGUUUGUUUUUUUAGCUUUUGGGGUUGUACAUAUAUUUUAUAUUGGGUUGGAGAAUGGACGGAGUUGUGGACGGAGUUGUGGAAAUAACAGGUGCUUGAUCUUGAUGUAUGUAUGUGUGGUAUGGACUGUAGACAGUGUAAUAUAUAUGCAGUGGUCUUUUACGGCGUGUGGUAGCUCCAUCGAGAGGGAUUCCAGUGGUAGCGCAGAAUCGAGAUAUACAUACAAUAC